UUUUUACUGAAGGAAAGCAAGCUCAAUUAUUCCCAUAAAAAAUAUCUAGAAGUGUAUUCUAUUAUAAUAAACAGAAUUAUCAAUAAAAAAUAUCGUGAAGUGAUAAAAAGACAGCGAUAUGCCGUUUAUGAUAGGGAAAGCGCCAAUUAGGCGAACUUUACCUUAUUUAAAAGCUGGAAGAUUAGUUUUGAAAGACAAUAUCCAAAUAAUGACCAUAAAUUUCAAUACUUUUGGAGAACAUCAUAAAGGAGCAAAGGAAUUUGUGUUUUGGAGACUGCCACAGGUGCAAUACAAAAAUCCAGGGGUGCAGAUCAAUGUAUUCAAGAACAUGACUCCUUCACCUUUUAUUCGAUGCUUCUAUGACACUGGGAAACGAAUGCUGAUCGAUGUUGAUGGCCAGACUAGUGAUGAUAUAUACGAACAUUUGAUAAGGGUGAUUGGUAAAUCGCAAGAAGUUUUGAAAAGGGAAGCCAUUGCAGCGGAGAAGAAACAAAAUCCAGCGAAUAUUGGAAAUGGUUGCAUGAAACAUUGUAUCUGCGAGGUUCCUGGGCAGCUGCCCUGUCCUAGCAUAGUCCCAUUACCCUACCACAUGCGGGGAAAAUAUAGAAAUGGCCCUCCAGAAUUUUAAAAAUCAUUUUUGUACGCAAGAGAUAAAGGAUCACAAGUCGGUUUUGAUAAUAGGUGAGUUUUCGGAGAAUAUCUUUAAAUCUAAGAGGAAUUGGGAGAAUUUUGUAGGAACUUUUUUCUAGCUCUCAUUACACUCCACAAGAGAGGUCCUAAUGAAAAUCUCGGUAUCUCUCUUAGAUUCCCAGAUAUUUCCCCAAAAAUCAAAUGAGAAAUGAGUUCAUGUGCCGAAAUUUAAAAUUGAUUUGAAGCUUUUUCUGCUGGUGUGGGUAAUGAGUAAUGACUCGUCACAAUUCAAUUCAGACUUGUAUUAUCGUCAUUCAAAAAUUAUUGGUAUGAGUAAAUACCUCCAGAGUUUAUGAAAAUACACUUGAGUUAAAUAAAUAAUUGUACAUUGAA